AUUUGCGAAUGAAUAUAAUAUAAUUGUUCUCUUUUUUGUUACAGAUUUCUCCAAUUGGUCGUUAUCACAGAAGACAACUGAAGACUUGCUCGUUUGUCUACUAUAUGCAGAUUCUUCCCUCCUUUGGCAUGGAUUAUUUCCGUAUUAGUACGCAUUCGGUAUUCAUCAUCACAUGAAAAGAUGAAUGGACACAAGGUACAACAUGAAAAAAAAAGACAUGAACUAAAGGUACACUGCAUGGAUGAUUGCGAUAAGAUACACAAACAAACAACAAUUAAGGUACACUGCAUGGAUGAUUGCGAUAAGAUACACAAACAAACAACAAUUAAGGUACACUGCGUGGAUGAUUGUGAAAUCGCGCACAACAAACAACAGCUAAGAUUCACUGCGUUGAAAAUCAUAGGAUGGCUAAAGUGCAGUCUGAAAGGAACUAUUCAAAUGCGUCCCAAGCCAUGUGUGUCGUAUAUCGAUGAGUUUGAUUUCUUAUAUAUUGCAGAUUAUUUGUGUACCGUAUUAUAACAGGGUAAGUGUUCUGUGAUUUACUCCAAGCAAAGUCUAUGAAAAGAAAUAUGAUUAAAAAUUCGUCACAAACGCAAAAAAAA